CAUGCAGCAUCAAACGAUGGAUCGAUCUAUUCUAUGUCGCCAUCUUUUGAGGGGUGGGACGCAUACCCACAUGCCAGUACAACACCCGGGGGUAAAAUUCCUCCAGGAUAUCCGGAUCAGACGCGUUGUCCUACUUGCCAUAUUUCUUUCUCAGACAUGUCACUCGAUGCUGCAUGGCUUCAUGAAGCUAGCUGUAGAGAAGGGAUGUAUGGUGCUGCCGAUUUGCAGCGGCAGGAUCAAGAAGAGCAAAACUGGGACCGAACAAGUUUGAUUUAUGGCCUGCCCAGUUCUUCAGCACAACCUACACCAGCUGGUUCUAUACGGAGAAAGAUAUUAUUGCUUGGAGAUACGCAGUGUGCCAAAAAAUGCCUUGCCCGCUCAUGGACGUCGGGCCCAAACUCAAUUCCAUUCUCAGCAGCGUCUCCAAGGGUAGAUAUCUGGAAGAAAAACAUCAAUAUCGAAGGCCGUCAGAUUGAUUUUGAUGUAUGGGAAAUCAGGCCUGAGGCAAUAUACGCAAGAUUGCUUCCUCAUUCCCCUAGCAACACCCAUAUGCUGUUGAUCUGUGUCGACAUCAACGAGCCUAGUGAAUUCAAAUACACAGCGUCUGGGUUGAACAUAGAAGCCCGACGAGAUCUUCCUAGUGUGCCAACAAUACUUGUCGGAUGCAGUAAAUACCCCUCCCUAGUCAUACCAACGAGCGAACACAAGAAAUAUAAGAAACUCCCACACCUGGAGACCGUGUCUUCUAACUACGGUGACAGUUUGGCAGCGAGCAUAGGUGCGCUGGCAUAUUUUGAUAUAUCAAAACCCGACAACCAAGGCCCAUCGGAUCUGUUUGACUUUAUUGGAGGAUAUAUGUUGAGACAUACAACAUAAUAAGAAGUGAUAUGCCGAAAAGAUGUUCUUGCAGAGGGAGAGAU